UAUGAACGGGCAAGUAUUUUGAAUGCGACUUGUAAACGAACUGUUUUAUUCGAUUUGUUAAAUUGAUCUGUCAACAAUUUGUUUCAUUUAUGUAUAUAAGGCUGGAAUUAAAAUGCAUUCUACGCUAGUUGGAAAGCACUCGCUACAUCAACAUUGCCAACAAACUGCUGACCCAAACAGCCCUGAAUCAGCAUACGCACGCAUGAUGAUUAGCCCACUUUCCUCUUCUUUAGCUUUCUUUCCAAGUCUAGACCCCCCCUUCAUACCUACAUCAUCACAAACCCCACCCUAAAAUGGGUGGCUGAUGUACCGACUGCUGAAUGGCUGGAAGAGUUCGAGGUCUAAUUGAGCGCGACGCUCGGGAUUUCUGGCGUAUUUAAAAGCCUCCGCAAGCAGCCACGGGCAUCAGUCUCUUUUUGUGCACGCUACACACGGGCAGUGCCGCAAUGGUGACAGGGAAGUGUGUACUCCUGCUAGCGCUGGUCGGCUAUGCCGCCGCCAUGGCAACACCGAGUUGUGAGGAAACAUUACAGAGGCUGCAAUCUCAGGUAGAGGACAACCAGAAAUUGAGAGCCGAGAUUCUCGCGAAACUCGAGCACCUGGAGCGAGAACUGGACGAUACUGAGGAGGGUGUUGUGCGCAAGAAGAGAAGCUACUACCUAGCCGGACCCCCGGGACCCGCCGGUGAACCAGGUGAGCCCGGACAACCAGGCCGUGACGGACCACCUGGACCCCCAGGCGUUCAGGGCGAGCCAGGCGACAAAGGUGAUCUCGGACCUCGUGGACCCGUCGGACCCCAGGGUCUCCAAGGCGAGCAGGGACCCCCAGGACCAGUGGGACCACAAGGAGAACGCGGUGAAUUUGGCGCUCCCGGACUUCCAGGUGAUAAGGGCGACGAUGGACCCCAGGGACCACCCGGCGUGCCCGGUCUCGAUGGGCCUCAGGGACCAAAGGGCGACCAGGGACCGUUUGGACCCCCAGGGCUGCCAGGCGUCAAGGGAGAGCAGGGCGAGCCUGGACCCACUGGACCCCAGGGCGAGCAGGGAGCGCCAGGAGAGACCGGUCCCCAGGGAGCACCAGGCGUGCCAGGUCAGCGUGGCGCUCAGGGACACCCAGGCCCCAUGGGUAAAUAUGGCGCCCCAGGUGCUCCAGGCGAGAAGGGAGAGCGUGGAUUCCCGGGUCGCCCAGGUGCCCAGGGUGCUCCCGGAUACCCAUAUGUUGCCGCUGCUGUUGCCGCUCCUACUGCUAAGAAGGUGUUUUUACCGCUGGUUGCUUUGGCCCUUGGAAAGAUCACUGUUUUACGCGAGCAGAUCCGGGAUCUCCAGACGCUCGUGCAGGAGGAUCAUGCUUUCCUCGUGCAGAGCGUGCAGCGCGUGGCGCGUCUCGAGGAAAUCUUUGCCGAGAUGCAGAAAGAGCGCACCGAAAUUAGGGAGAAACGUCACGCGUUCAAGCAGCCGAUGAUGGCACCCAUGAUGGCCCCUAUGGGUAUGAAGAUGGCGCCGGCCCCUGUACUGAUGGGUGGCAAGAUGGCGCCUGCCCCUGUACUGAUGGGGGGCAAGAUGGCGCCGGCCCCUGUACUGAUGGGAGCCAAGAUGGUGGUGCGCACGAACGAGAUCCCAGUUGGGCCCCCUGGACCUAAAGGUCCGCCGGGCCAGCCGGGCAGAAAUGGACGGGAGGGACCACGUGGUAAUAGCGGCGACAAAGGUGUCAAGGGAAGCCAGGGUACGCAGGGGCCGCCGGGACCUUACGGAAACCCAGGCGUGGACGGCGCUCCGGGACCAUUGGGCGCACCGGGCUUGGAUGGAGAGAGAGGCUUCACUGGGUUCCCUGGAAUCCGAGGCGACUGGGGCACGGAAGGUCUUCAGGGAGUUCCGGGUGGUGACGGCCGCAGGGGACCUAAGGGCGUGUAUGGACACUUUGGAUUCAUAGGGGCGUUCGGUUAUCCAGGCCAAAAGGGAGAUCGUGGAGCUAAAGGAGACACGGGCUCAAGAGGAAUCAAAGGUGUGGAGGGCGCCGUGGGAUUUCGCGGCCAUCCGGGAGCAUACGGCCCGAAAGGUUACCAGGGCGAAGUUGGUGGCGCUGCCCCAGAUGGACCUCCGGGAUCUAAAGGAACGCGUGGCGACCAGGGCCCUACCGGAGAAAAUGGACCAAGAGGAUUUCCUGGACCAGCAUACCCGGCCUAUUACGCCGGCGCGCUUGGCGGGUACCCCAAGAAUGCCGCGGCCCCAACAUACGUAUACGCUCCGCCUGUGGGGUCUAAAUUAGGAGUAUUAGAAGCUCCAUCUAAAUACGGACCGGUGUUUGCCGCCGCUCCCGUAUCGUCAGCGUACCAGGUCCAGGCCGCCUUACUGCGAGACGCCCGGGAAAGAAAAGGAUAGAUAACGUACUUCCGGUAAACAGCGAAAACGAGUUAAAACAUCCACACUUUUUUGCGGUCAUGAUUUUUUCUGAGUAAGACCUCGUUAAGUUUUUAAAAUAUAUGAUUUCUAUAUAAGUGGUCGUAUUAAAUAAAAUAAUUAUGUGUCAUUCAACCUUCGUAUAUAGCAUGUUUAUUGAAGAUAUCCAAUAAUGUUAUAUUUUUACUAAUCAAUAUACCAUGUCCUUACAUAAAAUGUUAAUGAAAUAAGCCAAUAAAAAACAAAGCAGUUAA